AUGGAAAACGAUAAUUUGAUAAAUGAGCUGAAAGAAGAGAAGAGAAAAUCGAUUUCAUCGUCGCCAUCAGGAGGCAAAAUAUUGAAGAAAUACGCAGAAAUUGGAAAACUGACGAAGAAUGUUAGGUGUCAGCGAGUCGUUAGAUUCAUGGAAGAGCUAGUUGGUAAAGAAGACCUGGACCUCUUUGUCACUGAUUUGGUAUCUUUUUUUGAUAGAAAUCAUGAAUUUCAAUUUCGAUUGAAAUUAACUCCUGAGGAAACAUUUCAUGUGGUUCUCCAAUUCAAGUUGUCGGCUUCUGUUAUGCAGGGAUUAAAACAUUUCUUAUCUUCAAAGUUAUCGUUCGAUGUGUUUGCUUCACGAUUGUCUGUUGAUAGUAUAAGGAAAAGAUACGACCCUCGAAGCGACUACAGUAUCGUGGCGACUAUGUUGGAAAAGACAGUUUGCGGAAGGCUAUUUCGGGUGCCAAAGACCGUAGUUGCAUGUCUGAAUGUGGAAAGUGUUUUGAGGAGAAGACUUGAAUCUUUGGAUGCUUUCUCCAAUCUUGUUUUUGAUAGUGGAACAAAGGAAGAUAUCGUGAUUGCUGUAACGGGAGACAAAGGAGGAGAAGAGACAAAGUUAUGUAUUAUCAUUGAAAAUUGUAGUAAGCCAAAUAGCUCACACUCGUUGCUACUGUUAGGAUGGUACACUGGAACAGACAACCAUGAUUCUCUGAAAGAGAAUUUCGGAAUUAUUUUCGACAGUCUGAAUAAAUUGACAUCGAUUGAGUACUGUGAAAAUGGAAAAAUCGUGAAACGUAAAGUUCGAAUUAAAAUGGUCGCAGACUGCAAAUUUAUCAGCUCAAUUUACCAGCAUCCCGGACAGUCGUGUUCCGAUCCGUGUUUUACAUGUAACAUCAAGAUUUGUAAAUCAGGAAAAAAUCGGGAUACCAUCGGAUCUUUUGAUUUUGCCACUUCAGGAGAAAUUCGCACACUGGAGCAGAUGAGAACCGAUGGAUGGAAUCCAUUAUUGAAUAUUGAGCCAUAUGAUGUUGAACCACCUCCAUUACAUAUAUUCAUGGGUUUGGUAAAAGCCUACGUGGUCGAUCCUCUUUUUGCAUUAUGUAACAAAGUAGAUUUCAAAUUUGGAGAUUUGCCGGAAUCUUCUAAAGAGCAACGGGAAUAUCUGAAAAUGCUUAAUGCUGAAUUAGAUGAUUAUACUCGUAUUCACAUCGGAUUGCAGGACACAGAGAAUCUCAUGCUCGACGUCAUUUCAGUUUACGAAAAAAUGGAGAACAAUAUUACACCUACCACUCCGUUUGUUUUUGGUUGCUCAUCUCCACACUGCUGCUUCAAUUACCUACAUUCAAAGCAUCAGAAUCAAGAUGUAUUUCAGUGUUCAGAGUGCUCCCAAACAUUUCACACCUCAUGUGGAAACCUAUUCUCACUGGAAGAAUGCAUGAAUUCAACAUCAGCUUUCACUUCUUGCUUUGAUUGCAAAUUGAAUGUGAAACCCACUAUCACUGAACGAAAAGAUCAUGUCGAAGAUAGGCUGUUGUAUGUCAGAAAGAGAAUCGAAUCAAAUUCUAAUUUGGUAAUUACCGUUAUGAAAGAAAAGGAAAAGUUGGAGGAAGAGCUUUUUGUUGGGAAAGGACCAACUAGACAAAAGUUGGAAACUGUACUGGUCUCAAUCAAAUGUGACCCUCGAGUUUAUUACCAGCAAAUGACGGGUAAUCAGGUAGCUAAAUACGUUAGAAGGCAUGUCUAG